GUAAAGUUUUGCUGUUUUUUUUAUCUCUAUAUACACACUCAAGACCAAGAAGUACCUAGUAAAUUUUCACACAGACAAACACUAAAGUGAGUACAAAAGGACCAAGAAGGGGGGUUUAAGAAAUUUACCUUUUUGUCAGAUUCUUCAUAGAAAAAAUCUUAGCCAUAGAUUCCUAAUCUUAGGGGUUGUUUGGGUAUUUUUAAUUUUUUUUUGUUCUUGAUUUUUGGAUAUAUAGAAAAAAUUUAUGUGGUGUUUAUUUAUUUACUUUAUCUAUAAAUAAGGGUAUUUGAUCCGAUAUUUUUUCUUUCUUUUGCCCCCUUUUGCCCACUUUAGCUCACUUUAUUUUUCUCUGUGUGUUGAAGAAAUUGAAGGGGUUUUUCGGAGAAAAAUAGGUUGUUGAUUUAUGUCGGCAAAUUUUUGUUUGGCUGUAAUUGGAGCUCCAUUCAAGAAGCUCUGGGUAUCAGUAAUUUUUGCUCUUUGUUGUAUGCAAAAACAACAAAUCUUCAGCUGUAAUUAUUCGAUGCGUUUGAGGCCUAAAAGGACUUGUUCUGGCGUUGUUUGCUUUGGUGGAUUUCACAUAAACCGAUUUUUACAUUUAAUUUUGCUGUUGAGAAAUUUUCCUGUUUGAGUCUUUUUGGUUUUGUUGAGUUUUUUUAUUUAAUUUUUGUUUUAAAAAGAUUAAUUUUCUGGGCAUAUUUUGAGGGGUUUUGAGAAAGAAUCAAGAAAAUGUUUGAGCCUCAGAGACAGUUACAGCAGAAAGGGAAGAAUAAGAGGGAAGAUUUGACCCGACCCGUUAGGAAAAUCCGGAUUGUUUGUAAUGACCCGGAUGCUACUGAUUCAUCUGAUGAUGAAAGGGUUGAUGUUUCGAAAAAGCCGAAAAAAUUUGUUAGGGAGAUUGUUCUUCCUAUUGUUGAUGCCUUUACCGCGAAAAAGGCGGUAUCUGAGAUUGAAAGUUCUUGUCAAGAUAGUAACAAUGGUGACAAAAAGAUCAAGAAUUCGAAGGGUUUAGCUAAAACCCCUAAAACCCCAGGUCAACAAAGGCCUUCUUUGUCGAAAUAUAGGGGUGUACGUCAGCGUAAAUGGGGUAAAUGGGCUGCUGAAAUACGCGAUCCGUUUAAAUGUAGAAGGGUUUGGCUUGGUACUUAUAGUACUGCCGAGGAGGCUUCUCAAGCUUAUGAAAUGAAAAGGCUUGAAUUUGAUGCAAUGGCAAAGAGUUUGUCGAAUAAUUCGAAUACCGAUGUGUGUGAGAAGAGCUCGAACAAUGGAAGUAACGACAAGGAUCGUCGAAAGGGUGGUAGUGUUGGUUGUGUCUCUGAGGAGGAUAGUGCUGAGAGUUUGGUGUCACAUACAUCACACACCUCUCCGGCAUCGGUUCUUGAAAUGGAUUCGAUGACAUCUGGUUCAGCUACGGUCUCUGAGGUUAACAACAACGGCAAACUUGUCGAGCAGAAAGUGGACGAUGCUAAGUUGGGAUUGAUGGAGGAUAGUUUAUCGCUCGCUGAGAUUGGUGCUGGAAUGGAUUUCGAUAUGGAGAUGGACUUGUUCUUUGCUGGUAGUGAUGAUUUUGGUCAGAAUCUUGAUGACUUUGUUGUCGAGGAUUUCGAGGAUCUUCCGUUAUGUGGUCUUGAUGGUGAUGUGCAGUUGCCUACUGGUUUGCCUGAUUUCGAUUUUGACUUUGAUUUCGAUGGAUACAAUGAAUCUUGUGCUUGGAUGGAUGAUGCUGCAGCAGCUCCAUUGAUGAAUGGAACAACAACAACUACACCCCUCAAUAUAGCAUUAUGCCCAUAAGUUUUGCAGCUAUAGGAGUUUCAAUAUUUAUUAGUAAUACCCUAUUAGUAGUUAUCAGAGUUAUAUGUCUCAAGAAUCAUUCAAUUAGGUUCGUGAGACCGUGGUCUUUCGCUUUUAUAAGUGAGUUUCGAGUAAUCGAGUAAUCUUUACUUUUUGCUUAAGAGAGAUUUGAGACAAGAGUUGUGAGGGAUGUGUUUUUGUCUUAGUUGAAAAUCGAGGUCGUAGUUCCUUUGGGUUUUUCCUGUGCUGCUAGAGCCGUCCAAAGGUCUAUCGAUGCUCGAUUUUUGUUUAGUCUCAGACUGGUUAUUUUGCUUAUCAUAUGGAAUGUUUGAAACUAUUGGCUUUGUUUUGGCA